UUUUGAGCUGACCAACCUCUGAAGUGACUCUCCACUCCUCCACCUUCCCGAGGAAUAAGGUCCCCCUUCCAGCUGGCCUGAGUGAACCUCUUGCUUCCCCCUCCCACCCCAGCCGCCUUUGAAGUCAGAGGAUGCUAUACAGUGGCUGAUGGGAGCAGGGAGGUGGAGGGGAGGAAUGAGGGCCGGCUGAAAUCCAUGUUGCUCCCUGCAAUUCCAGGUUUCUCCUUCUCUGUCUUUCUAAAAUACAUAUUUACUUUUAUUUUGAAAGGCGUAUCUUCUCUUGGCGAAAGCAAAGACAGAAUUAUUCCUGGGUUUGAAGAACACCACCAGAGUCAGCCUGUUUAUGCAGAGUUGACUGUAACCAGCAGCUGCCACCCAAGCCACUCGUGCCAGGACUUGGAAAUUGGAAGGACACCCAUUCCAUGUAGGCUUAGGUUUUUUCAGGAGGGGAGGAAAGCUGGGAGGUAUCAGAAAGUGUAUAAAUGAAUCCUGAGGCUCGCUCUUCCCUCGUAUCUCAUUUUCCAGCUCCUUGGAGAAAGUUACCUCUCAGAACCUCAAUUUUCCUUAUCUGUAAAAUGGAAAUGAAACUCUUAGCUCACGAGGUUGUUUGGAAGACUGAAGGAUGUAGUAUUCUUAAGCCCUUUAUGUAGUUUUCAGUUCAUCGAACCUUUGUCGUUAUCAGGAUCCUAUUUAUGGCACAGUACAUUUCUGUUGAAUAUGUAUAGAUAGGGCUGUAGAGGAUAAAAAUGGACAGAGUUCUCUUUGAAAGUAACACCACUGGAGUAAUAAUGAAUCUUGUUGUGUAAAUAUGCAUCAAUAGCGACAUGCCGGAUUAGUGGAGGGUGGUUAUUCAAUGUAUAUGUCUCCCGUUGGGAUUUCCUAAAACCAGUAGGCAUUGAAAAGGAUGCCUGGGUCCCCUGUAGAUUCGUCCUUGAACAUCCACCAGUCUGGUCUGGGUUGUCUCCGUUUCAUCACUCAGAUUUGCAUCUUGUCUUUCUUUCUGUUUUUAGUUGUUUGGAUUUCUCCCAAAGUAUUUGUGGCUAAAAUUCCUUUUUGGACUCUGCGCUGCCUUUUUUACAUAAGCUUUGGAUUGGAAUCAAUAGAAUGUCAAGAUGCCAGGCACAUUCAGCCUAAUAGCAGAUUGCAGCUUAAGCUUAACCACAAAGUUCAUAGGCUGAUCCGCACUGACCUGACCGAGCACCGAAGAAGAGAUUCGGCCUGUCCAGUUGUGCCCCCGUUGACCGCAGCUAACUUGGCUUCACUUGUUGCCUGGGUGGAAAACUCUUCUCUGUUGAAAUUUUUUUUUGCACAUGGAGGACACUAGCAAAGAGGGCCACACAGGCUGAUAAAGACCAGAGACCACAGGAAGAUUCGGUGACCGUGGGCCUUGGAGACUUUGCCUCUAGGUGGAGUUCUGGACUUUGACGGAACCCCGUUCGGUCAUCUUGGUGGUUCUCUCUGGGGUUUUUUGGUUUUGUUUUUUCUUGCUUUGCCUUUUCCCCACCACCUUGCAUUUCAUUGGUGUACUUCAGAAAAUGGGCCGACAGACCACCCGGGGGCCCAGCCAGGGGGCUUUCUUCCUGAAAGCUUGGCUUCUCCUUUCCCUGGGGCUCUCCUCACAAGUGUCGCAACUGCUGGCGUGCCCCAGCGUGUGCCGCUGCGACAGGAACUUUGUCUACUGUAACGAGCGAAGCUUGACCUCAGUGCCUCUUGGAAUCCCGGAGGGCGUCACUGUACUCUACCUCCACAACAACCAAAUUAAUAAUGCUGGGUUUCCUGCCGAGCUGCACAGUGUCCAGUCGGUGCACACCGUCUACCUGUACGGCAACCAGCUGGAUGAAUUCCCUAUGAACCUCCCCAAGAACGUCCGAGUCCUCCACCUGCAGGAAAACAACAUUCAGACCAUUUCACGGGCGGCCCUGGCCCAGCUCUUGAAGCUGGAGGAGCUCCACCUGGAUGACAACUCCAUCUCCACCGUGGGGGUGGAAGACGGGGCCUUCCGGGAGGCCAUUAGCCUCAAACUGUUAUUUCUGUCCAAGAAUCACCUGAGCAGCGUGCCUGUUGGGCUUCCGGUGGACUUACAGGAGCUGAGAGUGGAUGAGAACCGCAUUGCUGUCAUAUCGGACAUGGCCUUUCAGAACCUCACGAGCCUGGAGCGGCUGAUCGUGGACGGAAACCUCCUGACCAACAAGGGCAUCGCCGAGGGCACCUUCAGCCAUCUCACCAAGCUCAAGGAGUUUUCCAUCGUGCGGAAUUCGCUCUCCCACCCGCCUCCCGACCUCCCGGGGACGCAUCUGAUCAGGCUCUACCUGCAGGACAACCAGAUCAACCACAUCCCCUUGACGGCCUUCUCCAACCUCCGGAAGCUGGAACGGCUGGACAUAUCCAACAACCAGCUGCGCGUGUUGACUCAAGGGGUCUUUGACAACCUCUCCAACCUGAAGCAGCUCACGGCUCGGAAUAACCCUUGGUUCUGUGACUGCAGCAUCAAAUGGGUCACGGAAUGGCUCAAACACAUCCCGGCAUCUCUCAACGUGCGAGGCUUCAUGUGCCAAGGUCCUGAGCAGGUCCGGGGGAUGGCGGUCCGGGAGUUGAAUCUGAAUCUCUUGUCCUGUCCCACCACCACCCCCGGCCUGCCUCGCGUCACCCUGGCCCCAAGUCCAGCUUCUCCCCCCACUCAGCCUCCCACGCUCUCUGUCCCCACCCUGAGCAGAAGCUCUACGCCGGUGACUCCAACGGCGUCAAAAGUCCCCACGCAUCCUGACUGGGAUGGCAGAGAUCGAGUGACGCCACCCCUUUCUGACCGGGUUCAGCUGUCUAUCCAUUUCGUGAAUGACACUUCCAUUCAAGUCAGCUGGCUCUCUGUCUUUACGGUGAUGGCGUACAAACUCACGUGGGUGAAAAUGGGCCACAGUUUGGUAGGGGGCAUCGUUCAGGAACGCAUCGUCAGUGGUGAGAAGCAGCAUUUGAGCCUGGUGAACCUAGAGCCCAGAUCCACGUAUCGGAUUUGUUUAGUGCCGCUGGAUGCUUUUAACUACCGAGCCGUGGAAGACACCAUUUGUUCGGAGGCCACCACCCAUGCCUCCUACCUGAACAAUGGCAGCAACACUGCUUCCAGCCACGAGCAGACGACUUCCCACAGCAUGGGCUCCCCUUUUCUGCUGGCAGGCCUGAUCGGGGGCGCCGUGAUCUUUGUGCUUGUGGUCCUGCUCAGCGUCUUUUGCUGGCACAUGCACAAGAAGGGGCGCUACACUUCCCAGAAGUGGAAAUACAACCGAGGCCGGCGGAAAGAUGACUAUUGUGAGGCAGGCACCAAGAAGGACAACUCCAUCCUGGAGAUGACAGAAACCAGCUUUCAGAUCGUCUCCUUAAAUAACGAUCAGCUCCUUAAAGGAGAUUUCAGACUGCAGCCCAUUUACACCCCAAAUGGGGGCAUUAAUUACACAGACUGCCAUAUCCCCAACAACAUGCGAUACUGCAACAGCAGUGUGCCAGACCUGGAGCACUGCCAUACGUGACAGCCAGAGGGCCAGCGUUCCAAAGGCGGACAGUAAGACUCUCGAGAACACACACGUGUGUGCACAUAAAGACACGCGAAUUACAUUUGAUAAAUGUUACACAGAUGCAUUUGUGCAUUUGAAUACUCUGUAAUUUAUACGGUGUACUAUAUAAUGGGAUUUAAAAAAAAAGUGCUAUCUUUUCUAUUCCAAGUUAAUUACAAACAGUUUUGUAACUCUUUGCUUUUUAAAUCUUAAAAAAAAAAAAUAGUUGCUGAAGUACUGUACAGGGUUGUACGAUGAGAACCCAAUGCCAAGGUGAAAGAACAAGUGAUUCUUCCUCUUGAUAUGUAUUCACAACUUUGCUGUUGAAGCUUCAGAAUAAAUUCCUUUCCUCGAGUUGGCGGUCAGAUGAAAGGGCAGGUUAAGAUAGACUCAUCAGGGUGGGAUAAGUAAUAUGUGUAAAAAAAAAAAUAAAUGCCCCCAGAUCUCUUCAUGCUAUUUCUAUUCUUCCUGGUCUGGAAGAAAAGUGAAAACUUCUAGAAUAUAUUAGGAAAGGAAGCAGUCACCCUGAUCUGACCCACGACAGGAAAUGUAGGAAGCAUCUCGAGGAAAUCAGUUCCUGUGAGAUAAGUUAACCCAGGCUGGCAGAAUCAAGAACAUGAGAUGAGAUCUGAAAAGACCUUAACACCCAGGGGUUGGCUUUCUAACUGGGAACUUGAAGAAUCACGCUUCAUGCUCCCCGACCCUAUGUGAAACAGAGACCAGAGACUGAUUUCAGUCAUCUUUGGGGGCAGGUAGGAUGUCCCAGCAAGAAAAGUCCCUUUAAAAGCAUUACCCUUCAAAUUAUACAUCAGGUUGAAUCACAUUCAACAGAGAUAUAUUCUAGAAUACUUUUUUUAGAAGAGGCUAAUAAAAUAAUGGGAAGAAUUAUAUUGAAUGGAAUUAUUUUUGAUAAUGAGAAUUAUUUGAGUAGAUUCACUGCAGCUAUAUCAACAUGAUAUUUACACCAACAAGGGAUCCAUGUUUGGAAUAUACUAAACCUGUUAUCGAGAAAUUAUUGAUACCAUUUAGACAUAAGCAAGUGACCAGUGGUUCUGCUAUAUUCUAUCAACUAACUUUUUUAGCAUCAUGUUGAAAUAGCUUGAAUUAAUACCUUUAUCCCCUUGGAAAUUCUUGUCUUCCAAUCACCUCACGUAUAUUUUCAUAAUUAGCUGUUUAUGCUCCAUUUGUUUUUUUUCCCCCUCUGCUCAAAAUUCAAAAGAAAAUGAUGGACGCCAGUCUUGGUUGCACAAAAUGUCCACACACACUUUAAGAUGUAUACUAAUUUUCCCUGCUAACAAUUCUGUAAGGACACAUCAAAGCUGGCAAAAUGAUUAUUUUUUAAAAAAAGCAAUACCAAGUUUCCACCUUGAACUGUCUUUGAUCCCCUUCCAUGUUUUAAAUUUCAUUUAUUCCUUUUCAAUUGUGGAUGUUCCUCUUUUUUUGGGAAUGGUGGAGGGAUAAUCAAUCAUAUAUUAACAGGAUAACAGAUGAAAAUGAACAAGUCAGAGAGUGAAGGCCUGUUCCCCUAAUCUCGGCAGGGCAAGGCAUAGAGCAGAGGGCACAGAGAAAAGGGGCAUCCAGGCUUAAUUCUAGAUAUUUUCGAAGCAAUGUCUGUCUUCAGAAAACAUGUAUCAUUUACUCCUUUCUGUCUCUUAGAUGUAGAAGGGCUAUCGAUCACAUACAUACAUACAUUUAAAAAAUACACCCUUGGAAAAUUCUUUUUAAAAUCAAAUUUAAGCACUUCAUUCUGUGUUACAUAUUUCCUGAGUCACUGGUCAUUAUUUUAGGGACCUAUGAAGUUAAUGUCACAGUCCUUUUGCUUUGUUUUUCUCUGUCCCUCUUACUUUUAACAAAAUAGAACUGUGAUGUGUCUUCUUUGUAAAAGUUUAGGUAUAAAAUGCUAUGCAAGUUUUACUUUAUAGUAAGAGAUUUAUUUUCUUCAAUAAUAUAUCCCCUGCUCAUAUGUUUUAAUCUCCCUUGUCCCUCAGAAUAAACAGAACAUAUAACUGAAGUUAUAAUGUUAUAGACACAAGAAUCAAAACUGUGCAGUCAAGCUGAAAUUAGCUACGAAUUCAUUUGAGUUAAUUCUAAAGUGACUUUGGUUUCCAUUUUAGUCUGUGAGCUGGGUUUGUUUGGGUUGUUGCUUUUUUAAAGCGAGGUCCACGCCGUGAAGAAAUGAGACAAUCUGUGAAGGUGAUCAGCAUAGCAGUAAGCAAUCCAAAUGCAGGACAAUGACAUGGGGCUUUAUGUAUUUAACUGGAUAGUUCCUUUCCACUGUCCUUUUCUCCUUGGCUGUGUAGAUAAAAUUAUGUGUUCAAAUGAUGGUACUUUGACUUUGAUUUUUGAGGGUUCUUUCCUUUUAUCCACAAAAUAACCAUUCUCAUUUAUUUGUGUUGUGUGUUUAACCUCCAGCAGGCUAUUUGGCUGCUGAAAACAAACAUCUUUGCUUUAAGCCAAGAAGACCAAGGUUGGAGAGGUUUCUAUAAUGUCUUAUAGGAUUCACAGAAUUAUCUGGGGCUUAAGUCCUAUAAUGGAGACCUAGUCAAGUGAAAUGUUUAGGAUGAUCUGAAAUAGUUCCUUUGCUAGAAGGCAUUCCUGAGGAGAUAGAACCUAGUUUAGGCUUAAUUCUGAUCUUGUGCACCACAUGGCAAAGACUGCUAAAAUUAAGAUCAGUCUCCCAUUUGUAAUAGCAUAUCUGGGGCUCUUACCUACACCAGGAUAGAAAGCACAUCAUGAAAUUUGUAAAUGUCUUGUGUGUCUUAGGAAAACUGCUGAACAACCAUCAGUGGUGGAUUAUGCUUUGAUCGGCAUUUUUGUCAUGAGAAUGUAUUUUGCUGAUAUAUCGACUCAGCUGUCUAUUUUGGACCUCUCUGGCUGUCAUGAUUAUGUUUUUUGAGAUUAGUUAAGAGUCAGAGUUGAAGGUGCAGGACAAUACCAUGAACAAUACUUAUUGGUUUAUCAUGAAAUUGAUGCUGCCUGACCAAAUGAGGUGACUUCAGGUCAUAUGUGACCACUUUCAGAGCGAGGUAACUGUCACUGUGCAGAGGAAAUUCCAAAAGGAAAAGGCACAGCUGCCAUCACACAGAUAUUAUUGAGCAUUCUUAAUACCCGGGGUUGUCAUUAAUAACUUACUUAUUUGGAGAGAUGUGUUUGAGCAUGCAGAAGCCCUGCACUUCCCUCAAAACUGUAGAAUGCAUUAAGAGCCCAUCACAUGGGACAAUCAAAGGUAGAAACAAAAAGGAUGUUCCCCUGCAUAUUUUUCUUGUAUAUGAAGUAGAAAACAUUCUACCUGGUGAGAAAUAAUACAGUUUCUAGUUAUCUGGAUGUUUGUUGAAAAUACAUUAGAUAUAUUCCCUGAGAUUUAAAAAAACAAAACAAAAAACAGUAUAACAUGACCAGUCUGGUUAAAAGGGUUGAAUAAAACAGCUAGUAUUAUGGCUCCGUUUCCUACUGCUGCAGAUGUGAAUGGUCUUGGUCAUUCCACAGGAGUCAGAACUUCCUUCCCCACUGAGGAGGAACAGCUUUUCGUGUUGUGAGCAGAGCCUCCACUCCAAACACAAGGCAGUGUGGUUGCUAGCCCCAGGGAGCAGGUGGCUUGAUUAGCAAACCUCACCUGCAGAAUCCAUUGCAACUUUCAACAGUGAAGUGAUCCAUUUCCAUUACUACUUUAUUUAUAGCAUUUUUCUCUACUCUAUAAAGGGAAGACAUUGACUUUCACUGGAGAACGGGAGAAUGAUGGUGUUCCUUGUGACUUCUCCAACUUUAUGGCAAAGUGAAGCAGAGAAGAGCACCCCCCCAAGGAAAGAGAUCCAUGCACAAGAUACCCCCCAACUCCUUUCAUUGUUAGUCUUGUCCAACUUUGCCUGAUACUCUUUUUUUAAAAUAAAAAUAUUCACGUAGGAAUC